CGGGGGCGCCAUGAGAGGCGGUGGGUGCUGCGGCGCCAUCCGCGCUCUGGCCGGCCCGCUCCGCAUCCCUGGCCCCCUCCGCAUCCCCGGCCCGACCCUGACCCCGGCCCGGCUGCCCCCGGCUCCUCACAGAGGUUUUGCUGCCACGUUCAUUAGGAAGUCAUAUGAUGUCAGAAGAGUCGAUAUCACUCCUCUGGAGCAGAGGAAGGUAACUUUUGAUACCCAUGCUUUAGUGCAGGAUCUGGAAACCCAUGGCUUUGGGAAGGAGCAGGCAGAGACCAUCGUGUCAGCACUAAUAACCCUGUCGAACGUCAGCUUGGACACCGUCUAUAAGGACAUGGUGACGCAGGCUCAGCAGGAAAUAACUUUACAGCAGAUAAUGGCACAUUUGGACUCCAUUCGAAAAGAUAUGGUCAUCCUGGAGAAAAGUGAAUUUGCAAACCUGAGAGCAGAGAAUGAGAAAAUGAAAAUUGAAUUAGAUCAAGUUAAACAGCAGCUAAUGAAUGAAACUGGUAAAAUCCGAGCUGACAGCAAGCUGGACAUAAACCUGGAGAGGAGCAGGGUGACAGAUAUGUUUACAGAUCAGGAGAGGAAACUGAUGGAAGCAACUACAGAGUUUCAUAAAAAAGAUUCAAGUACCAACAGCGUUAUCUCAGAAAUCAGUAAUAAAAUUGACACUGAAAUAGCUUCCUUAAAAACACUCAUGGAAUCGAAUAAACUUGAUACCAUACGUUAUCUAGCAGCUUCAGUGUUCACUUGCCUGGCAAUAGCACUGGGAUUUUACAGGUUCUGGAAGUAGAUCUGAAUGGAAUGACUGCAUCUAAUACAGACAGAGAAAAGGCCACCCAGACCAACAGUAGUUUGAUGAUCAUGUUUCCACUGUAGACAACCUUUGUACCUUUUGAUUUGAUAUUCUUACUGUAUAAGAAAAAUGUUUUCUGAAUAUGUAACACUAAAGAUCAAAAUAAUUGAGGGAAGUAGCCAAAUAGUAGUAUUUUGUUGUCUCUUGUUCAGUAAUGUAUUUAUUUCAAAGUAUUUCUUAUCCUAUACCACAAAGUGUUUCCUAAUAUUUUUUAGAAUUAAAUUUGGUUUUCCAACAUUCUCACUCUCAGCUCCUCUUAAAAUGGAAAUAUUAAACAUUUUAUAUGCCCUUGAAAUGCAAAUACAAUUCUCAAAUUAGUGUUCCCGGUAUGGGGAUACUAAUACCAGAUUCCAGCAUAUCUUCUCUGAACCAAGGAUAUUAAUCUUAAGCAUAGGUUCUGGAUUUUUGUCUUCAGUCUGUUCCUCAUUUUCUGAUGGAUUGAAGCCUGGCCCUUUGGGGUUUUUAUCUGCAUAUAUAAAAACACACUCCACAGCCUUUACUGAAAAACCCCUUUUUUUCUUGAAAACUGGUUUACGUGAAGUUAAAAUCUUAUGUACAACUAAAAUGUCUCCAUAGAUUCAUUUUCUUUAGUAUCUCUUGCAAUUUCCAUAAACCCAGAAGUCAACAGAAUUGGGGAACUUCUCUGUCUUUCCAAGGGGAAAUGCCUCCACUCUGAGCAAACAUGUACAGCCCCGGGGCAGAUAAGUACUCUUAAUUUCCCCCCUUGAGGUAGUGCAGAGUAUUUCUAAUGAACCCACACAUAUGGAAAGACUCAGCAUCUCAGUGGUGCCAGUGUGGUGGUGGUGGUGGUGGUGGUGGUGGUGGUGUCCUCCUCCCAUCUCCACACUCCUCGGGACUGUUCUGUAAUCCUGACACACUGACCCUCCUGACCCAUCUACCUUCUGCAAGGACUUGAAAACUUUUGUUGCGGAGAUGCAACAUAGCAGGUGAAUGCUGUCAAAACUGAAGCAGUCACAUCUCAAGUACAAAUGCAUUACGCUUGGUUUGAUUCUUGUAGUAAAAUAAUAAUUUUUAAAUAGUCCUUCUGGAUUAACCUUGAAAUAAGAAUUGGCCCUUUAUGGGCUAAGGACUAUGUAGUAGUGAGUACUGGCAAUUUUUUUAUUGUAGUCUUAUUCUGUUUACAGUUGAAUUUGCUGGUAUUCUGUGCAUUAAAUUAUUUAUCAUCUUCAUUCAAGAAAAUAAAAUUAAUUUCUUAUAUUUGC